AACAAACACAACAAUGUCUACAGAAGAUUUCUACUUACGUUAUUAUGUCGGUCACAAGGGUAAAUUUGGCCACGAGUUUUUGGAAUUUGAGUUUCGUCCCGAUGGCAAGUUACGCUAUGCCAACAAUUCCAACUACAAAAACGAUACCAUGAUCCGCAAGGAGGCAUUUGUCCAUCAGGCAGUUAUGGAGGAGUUGAAGCGUAUCAUUUUAGAUUCAGAGAUUAUGGCUGAGGAUGAUUCACCCUGGCCGCCACCAGAUCGUGUUGGUCGUCAGGAAUUGGAAAUUGUCAUUGGCGAUGAACACAUCUCAUUUACUACCUCCAAAACCGGUUCACUAGUCGAUGUCAAUCGUUCCAAAGAUCCGGAAGGUCUGAGAUGUUUCUACUAUUUGGUACAGGAUCUUAAAUGUUUAGUUUUUUCACUCAUCGGUUUACACUUUAAGAUUAAGCCAAUAUAA